CGCACUGUGGCCUCUGUUGAAAGAAGUGGAUCCAUCUGUUCCAAAGAAUGGAGCAACAGUCUUGACCUUGACACUCUGCUUUAUAAGGCUUCAAGUAAGGGUAUCACUGCUUCACUGCACAGGAAUGUCCUGUCAUGGGAUGUGUGGCGGGGGCAAGAGGAGAAGGAGAGUGUGCCUCUUCGAGCAAUAACACACUCAGACUGCAGAUAGCGGAUCUUACAGUGGAGUUUCCAACCUGUUCAAGGCUGCAAGUUUCCCAGAUGAGGUGGGAAGAAGUCCAAAGGCAGCAUUUUCUCUCAUCGCUAUCGCAGCCCAGAGGAUUUUGCCAUCACUUUCCACCCCACAGGACCCUGUGUAUCCAUUCACUCCAACACAACCUGUGAAGGUAUCAAUUCCACCAAAACUACCAGAAACCUUUGGAGAAAGACCCUCAUCCAUACUGAGCACAAUGAGAGUCUCAAACUGCCAACCGGAUGUGUGCAGACAGAAUCCUACCACCGUGACGCCAAAUGAGUUCAGACAGGCCUACUCACCAGCUGAUGGAUUGGCAAUGAAGGAUCAAGGAAAGAGGAAAGUACAACUUGUACAAUGCAGACUGAGCUACACAGAGAGCGACAGGAAGCAGGAAGAGUUAGGUGGCACAUUAACAAACCUAUCCUCACAACCCUUCUUCCGGUCUUGUGUCCAUCUUGAGGUGCCACUGAGGUCCACUAGCUCUGUUGUGUUUUUGGACAAGUCACUUUCCAUUUCCCUUGUGGAACUAGAGGAAAGAAGAGCAGGUCAACCAAUCUUGUACAGGUCCACUAUGUCUGUUCGCCUUGGUGUCUCAUCCUGCUGCAGAUCCUCUACAGAUAACAAACCAGCCAAAAGUAAAGGGGGCUACAUGAGUACCAGAACGGCCAUGUUGGGCCAAAACAAACGCAAUGGCCGUGAGAGUGGUUUGGGUCACUGCAGAAGCCCUCUAUCAAAGCCCAGGGACCACAAGGUCGAGCAAAUAGCACCCGCUCAUGGUGUUAACAGCAAGGCUGAUGAUUCAGACAUGCAGCGCCAUAGUACUACUUUGGGAUUAUUGUCAUUCAGAGGGCCAAGCCACACAAAGGCUGGCAGGCAGAGGGGGAAUGCAGAUGAGGCAGCCUUCCCUAUCACUAGCAAGUUCAGGCACAGGCAGCACACUUCCAAUAUUGCCCCAGUGGACUCCAGAACUUGGAGCAAGCAAGCAAGGAAUGACAAGACAGAGGAACGACAAGAACAUGACUGUUCCACAGUCUCCCAUAAGACCUGUCAUUCCCGACUGAAGGCUGAUUCUCUGGAAGGCACACUCAAGACUCUCAGCCUCAAAGAGGCUUUGGAGCUCUUCAGGCCAGACUUCAUCAGCCGAUCUCAGGGUCGGGUGAGGAGGUUGGAGCAGAGGGCAAGGAGAAGGAGACUAGCACAGAACUCCAAUCCAGACCUGGUGCAGAGCUUCAGGGAGGAUCGAGGCAAACAAAAGAAGAACUGCACCACUCCGGAUCCACUUAGUGAUAACCUUUUCAAGCCUGGAGAGAGGUCUAUAUCAGACAGAGAGAUGCAGCUGAGGUCCAGACGGAUUUACAACAAGCUGCCGGAAGUAACAAAGAAAAAGGAGGAGGAGAAGAAGAGAGCUGUAUCACAAACCAACAGAUUGCGAGUAGACAUCUUUAAAAAGGUAGUAAGGAAUCAUUUUUGGUACAAAAAUCAAUCCAAAACAUUGAUCAAAUGUGUCAACUUCUACAAUUAUAAUUCAACAUAAUAGAAAACAAACAGUCUUGCACCAAAAGAAGUUUAAAAUCCCAAACAUGAAAAUCAAAUUAUAACACUGCGCUUACUGUUUUCUGAAGGCAUGCUGUUCAACACUGCACCAGGGUCUGAGAGGGUCCAGAAUGCUUUUUUUAAGACAUGGGGUUGAUGAGGAGGUUUUAUUUGGAGGUGUUGAUAUUAGCCACUGUAUGAAUACUCACACUCAUUUGUCACCAAUUUUAGGGUUAGGGGUGAAAAGUAAUAAUACAAUCAUCUCAGCACAGCCAUCUUAUAACUGUGGGUGGGGAUAAGAAAUGUUCAAAGCAGGUGUCGGCACAGUAAAUUUUAUGGCAACAAUAUUUUAACAUAGUGUGUCAUAGAGUUUUUGAUUGGAUAUUUAUGAAUCCACAAAACACACCAAUCCGAGGACUAACACAUUAAAGGGAGAGCAAAAUGGUGCCAAGGUGUUAAAAGACAGACAAAACAUUUAACUUUAACAAUUAAAUACAAAAUAACAUCAGUUCAAACUAGACCCAAAAAGAAAUAUCCACCUUAAUACACCAAAAUACAACAACAAAUGUAGUAUUUGGAUUUAUUUUGGUGUUCUUGAAGUGUUCUUAGUUCUUGGUUUUUUUGACUUGUAAUUGAA